AAAAUACUGAAAAUAGUAAACAACACUGGAACACCUGCCGAAUCAGCUAAAGUCGCAGGCAAGAGAGGCGGAUUUUUUUGUUUAAUCAACAUAUUAUUUUGUUCUUCGUGGUCUCCGGAAGUUGAAAUCAAUUUAGUCUUCAUUAUUGCACGUAAGAAAAGAAAUAUGGAAUCCGCCAACAAUACGACGCUGGAGAGUCUAAGACGAAAAAGAAAACACACGGACACAGAAUCUCAGGAAAAUCCUCAUGAAAAUGGUGAAUGUGAGGUUGUUGAUCUGGAAAAUGACCAACCCAAAGACCACAAGAUACCAAAGGAGUCAGAUACUGCAGAAAUCACCAUCAAUGACCUGGACAAAAAUGAUAACAAAAGUGACAAAUUUGAAGAGGAUGUAGUUUUUCUUGCCUUGAAGGAACUGACACAGAAAAGUCAGGCAACCGAGGAUGGCGACAGUUGUGAAGAAGUUGUGAUCGAAAAGGAGAAGGAGUCUGAAGAGAUCAUUUUUGUGGAGGAAGUUGACAAAGGAAAACAUCAGAUUGAGGUCAUUGAAAUUUUGGAUGAUACUCCGCUAGAAAAAAGAAUUGCUGUGAACCAAACGAUACCACACGAGCCUCCAGUUUCUAGAGAUAACCAAAACAGACGCCACUUCCUGCACCCCCAGGAGGCGGCUACUGACAUUGUUGACCUUCUGCUCAGUCGUGGCCACCAGCGAGCCAUCCGUGAUGGUUGGGCCCCCGUCACUCCAACAGAGCACAACAUUUUCCUGCAAGUGAAGAUCUCUUGGCUUGGCGAUUUGAUGGCGCGUCGCAGGAGGGACAACGAGGACAGGCAGGACUACUGUUGGAGGGUCAGGGCUUUCACGAAGCGCGCCUUUCUCCAGCUGGCCAGGCAGAUGAGCCACGAGAGUGUCCUGGCCUGGGCCAUCAUUGAAAACAACAAAGAGCACAUUGCCAAGUUCCAGGAGGAGCAGAGGAGCAGGCAGUUGCGGUCACUGACACCAGCUAGUACGGCUCCUAAACUGAUUGUGCCAGGCAAGGAUGAUCCAGAGAAGCAAACAGCUGCUGCAAGUUCAGAGAAUAAAGACACCGAGGUCAAGACUGAGGAAACAGUUCCUAAGGUGAAGGAGGAGCUGUAAUGGCGAAACUGAUCUGAAAUUCGCUCAUCAAACAAACGUUGUUUACACAAAUCUACUUAAAUUUAAGUAAACAGUUCGUCAAUUUAAUGACAAGCUUACAAAGAGCAAACACCGACAGGAUCAAAGCAAGACUUUAAUGUGUUCAAAUCAAGCUAUUUUAUAAUGAAAACAAAAAUGAAAUUUAUGAUUGAUAAUAAAAUUUCUGACUAAAA